GCCCCAACCACUCUACAAAAAUAUUCAUUCGUUUACUUUAGAUUGUGCACAAAGACUGCAUACCUUGAACGCAGCCGUAAGAGACACCAAUUAAGCUCUUUCUUCCAUGGCGACGUCGAAGCUCCAGGCCCUUUGGAAUCACCCUGCUGGCCCUAAAACCAUUCAUUUCUGGGCACCAACCUUCAAGUGGGGCAUUAGCAUAGCAAAUAUUGCUGAUUUCUCCAAGCCACCUGAGAAACUUUCGUAUCCCCAGCAGAUAGCUGUUUCAGCUACCGGAAUUAUCUGGUCACGCUAUAGCACUGUGAUUACUCCUGUAAGUUAAUCUAUUGCUAUUAAAACAAAAUUUCUUCUCUAUUAAAUGCUUGUAUUCUUUGGAUAC